AGUGCGUCAUAUGUUGCUGCGGCACCCGCGCAGAGCGCACGACGGAAGUAGCGCAGAGUUUUCUUUCUGCCGGUGCGUGGUUCACGUAUUUCAGAUGUUGAUCAUGAAAGCGCAGGUGGAUGUGAUCUGCUGUAAAUCAGUAGGAACUGAUCUGUCCAUGCUGGAUAUUGAGGAUUUCAUCACAGAAAUCUGUCGGCUGAAGAAAGAGGUGGCGUCACUGGAGGCAAAGCUGAGAGAAAGAGGAGACAAACUGAACAGAGAGGAUGUGGAGAAGGUUUCAGUGCGUGUGGCUGAUGGGACAGAAGCUCAGGAUUCAGUCUGGAGCGUCAGAGAUCAGAGAUCCAGAGACACACAGGACUCAGAGCUCAGCCUCACUUUACUCUGUUAUACUGACGCUCAGGAUCAUGAAUCCACUGAUCAAACCUCUGACUGUAACGCUGGAGAACAGCAGAUGCUGCAGACGCCGCUGAAGAUGUGCUCCGUCAAACUGGUGGACUGCAGGAACCUGAUCGAGAGCAGAGCAGAAGAAACCACCGCAGAGGAACAACAACAGAGUCACGAGGAAGAGCAGGAGGAUGAUGAUUAUGAGAAUAAUGGGAAUGAUGACGAUGAAGAUUUCAUUCCUCCAGAUGUCAAUGGUGGUUCAUCUUCUGAAGGAGAUGAAGAAACAGUCUCAACCUCAAAAGAUCAGCUGCAGACCAAGAGUUUCUCCUGCAUCACCUGUGGAAAAACAUUGAGCUCACAGGGUCAUUUAGCGAGACAUGAGAGAAAACACACAGAACAGAAAGACUUCACCUGUAAGAUAUGCAACAUCAGCUUUCCUACCGCAGAAGAGAGGAGACUUCAUUCAGAAGAGCACAGUGGGAAGAAAGAGUUUCACUGUGAACAGUGUGGGAAGGUUUUUUUCACCACUCUUUAUAAUAUGAGAGCUCAUAUAAAGAGACACGAUGAAAAGUCUUUCCACUGCAGUGAAUGUGACAAGUAUUUCAGCACCAAAGGAAAUCUUGAUGCUCAUAAGCGAAUCCACACGGGAGAAAGACCGUACAAGUGUCCUCACUGCGAGAAGAGCUUCAAUCAUGGACCUCAUCUGAGGAAACAUGUGCGUGUUCACACCAAUGAGAGGCCGUACCAGUGCAGUGAAUGUGGAAAAACCUUCAUAGAGUCAAGCUCUCUAAAGUCACACCAGAAAAUCCACUCAGGUGAGAAACCGUUUCAGUGCAAACACUGUGACAAACGAUUCCGCCAGAUUUCUCAUCUGAACUGUCACGAGAGGAUUCACACCGGAGAGAAACCGUAUUUGUGCUCCCACUGCGGGAAGAGCUUUUCUGAUCCAACUCAUUUCAGAGACCAUAAGCGAGUCCACACUGGAGAAAAACCGUAUCACUGCAGCAUCUGUGGGAAGAGUUUCAAGCAACACACUAACUUAGUAAUGCAUCAGAGGAUUCAUAGCGGAGAAAGACCUUUCAAAUGCUCUCAGUGUGAUAAGACGUUUGCUCGAUCAGACGUCCUGAAGGUCCAUCAGCGAGUUCAUACAGGAGAGAAACCUUACUCCUGCUCCAUCUGCGGCGAGAGAUUCGCUUAUUUAGGUAGUUUUCAGACCCACCAGAACAAACACGCUAAAGAACACACUGCUCCAGAAUCAUCAGAGGAUGUGGAGAAGGUUUCAGUGCGUGUGGCUGAUGGGACAGAAGCUCAGGAUUCAGUCUGGAGCGUCAGAGAUCAGAGAUCCAGAGACACACAGGACUCAGAGCUCAGCCUCACUUUACUCUGUUAUACUGACGCUCAGGAUCAUGAAUCCACUGAUCAAACCUCUGACUGUAACGCUGGAGAACAGCAGAUGCUGCAGACGCCGCUGAAGAUGUGUUCCGUCAAACUGGUGGACUGCAGGAACCUGAUCGAGAGCAGAGCAGAAGAAACCACCGCAGAGGAACAACAACAGAAUGUCCAUGGUGGCUCAUCUUCAGAUGGAAAUGAAGAAACAGUCUCGACCUCAAAAGAGCAACUGAAGAGUUCCUCAUGCAUCACCUGUGGAAAAACAUUCAGCAAACAGGGUAAUUUAAAGAGACACGAGAUAAUACACACAAAACAGAAAGACUUCCCCUGUAGGAGAUGCAAAAUCAGCUUUCCUACUGUAGAAGAGAGGAGACUUCAUUCAAAAGAGCACAGGAGACUUCUUUCUAAAGAGCAAAGCGUGAAGAAGGAGUUUCACUGUGAACACUGUGGGAAGGUUUUUUUCAAUUCUUCAAAACUAAAAGUUCACUUGAAGACUCACAGUGAAAAGUCUUUCCACUGCAGUGAAUGUGACAAGUAUUUCAGCACCAAAGCAAAUCUUGAUGUUCAUAAGCGAAUCCACACGGGAGAAAGACCGUACAAGUGCCCUCACUGCGAGAAGACCUACAACCAUGGAUCACAUCUGAAGAAACAUGUGCGUGUUCACACCAAUGAGAGGCCGUACCAGUGCAGUGAAUGUGGGAAGGCCUUUACAAACUUGAGCUCUCUAAAGUCACACCAGAAAAUCCACUCUGAUGAGAAACUGUUUCAGUGCAAAUACUGCGACAAACGAUUCCGUCAAAGAUCUCAUCUGAAUUGUCAUGAGAGGACUCACACCGGAGAGAAACCGUAUCUGUGCUCCUACUGCGGGAAGAGCUUUUCUAAUCAAACUCAUUUUAAAGUUCAUCAGAGAAUUCACACUGGAGAAAAACCGUAUCACUGCAGCAUCUGUGGGAAGAGUUUUUGUAGGUUUAGUACUUUACAGAGGCACACAUUAAUUCAUAGCGGAGAAAGACCGUUCAAGUGCUCACAAUGUGAUAAGACGUUUGCUCGAUCAGGUGUCCUGAAGGUCCAUCAGCGAGUUCAUACAGGAGAGAAACCUUACUCCUGCUCCAUCUGCGGCGAGAGAUUCGCUUAUUUAGGUAGUUUUCAGACCCACCAGAACAAACACGCUAAAGAACAAACUGCUCCAGGAUCGUCAGAGUGA